AUGUCUGGUGCCAGGCUGUUACUGUUCAUACAGAGCCUGUCUCGUAGGAAGCCCCUGGAGCCAGAGGGGGAGGUGUCCAACUUCAAACGAUGUCUGACUACCCUUGACCUGGUGGCUCUGGGGGUUGGCAGCACACUGGGGGCUGGCGUGUAUGUGCUGUCAGGAGAGGUGGCCAGGGCCGUAGCUGGGCCCAGUAUAAUGAUCUCUUUCCUUGUGGCAGCAAUAGCUUCAAUUUUCGCAGGGCUGUGCUAUGCUGAAUUUGGAGCGCGUGUGCCCAAGACUGGCUCUGCCUACCUGUACAGCUAUGUGACGGUGGGGGAGAUUUGGGCCUUCAUCACUGGCUGGAACUUGUUGCUGUCAUAUGUCAUAGGCAAGUGACAUCUAAUAUGGAAUAUAGAAUAUUUGAUGCAAAAUACGUUUUAUUGGAAGCUACUGUCAGAGCUCAAGCCCAUAAGGUUUGUAUAAAGCAUCACAAGAAACAAUCAACAGUAACAAUUAGAGUUCACUGCUGCAUUGACAAUGUCUCAUUGACAUACUGUAAUUAUCCUUUAAACAUAGCCGACAUCACCUGCUUUGGUUUCUUGAUUUUUUCUCUGAUCAGGAACAUCAAGUGUAGCCAGGGCAUGGAGUGGGACUUUUGA